UCCAGACCUGCAGGGGCAAUAGUGAGCUCCGCGCGUUGUUUACUAUCCGUCGUGACUCGGAAGCAGAGCAGCGAACACAUCGCAGGCUGUGGUCACACGUGGGUCCAGAAGUUUGUGAGUGUGAUGUGUUGUUGUCAACUUCAUUAGAAACAUGUCGAGGAGGCAGAGACCUGUCCCUGAAGCCGCACACAUGGAGGAGGAGGAGGAGGUCCAGGAACCGCCGCCGGAGACCAGACGCACACGCAGCGGCCGCAGAGUGCGCACUCCUGCCGCACUGCUGGACUCUGAGGAGCCGCUGAGGACUCCCAGCAGGAGAACCAGGAGGACAGUGCUCCAGGAGCUGCCGGCGGUGGAGGAGACAAACACGGGGGAGCCUGAGCACAAACCCGAGACUGUGCCCGAAGAGAUGUCCGACGUGUCCGCUGAACCAGAGCCCUGCACCGGGGCAGAACCAGCCGGAGAAGUUGCACAUGUUCCCAGGCCUGCAGCAGCAGCGGAGACGGUCCCCGCCAGCCCAGAGACCGUCCCCAAGAAGAAAGCCCGUCUGGCCCCGAGUGGGAAACAGAAUCCGGUCAUUCCGCUUGGAAAACCCAAAUCUGGAAGAGUUUGGAAGGACCGCAGCAAACAGAGGUUCUCUGCGUUGGUCAGAGACAAGCCGCUGUGCUCCUCUUGGGAGAAGAAGAUGCAGGCCAAGCGAGAGAAGGACCUGGUGAAACAGUUUACUUUGCAGCUCAAAGAGGACAAAGCCAAACAGAAGGAGGAAAAGAGGAAAAGGAGAGAAGACAACUUAAAACGACGCACGGAGAAUGAACGCAAAGCAGAGAUUGUGCAAGUGAUCCGGAACACAGCAAAGAUCAAGAGGAUGAAGAAGAAGCAACUCAGAAAAAUCGAGAAGAGAGACACGCUGGCUCUGCUGCAGAAGACACAGAAGCAGAACGUCAAAGCCAAGGGACAAAAGAACACCGACAAAGAUUUGACCUAAAGUCUAAUAAAAAUAAAAAUGCAUCUGUUCA